AUGCCCCUGUUCCAAAUUUCAGGAAUUCCACCUCCGAAUAAAGCCACCUCAAGGAGAAUUCUCCCACCAUUCACGGUUCUCACCAAGGGCGCGCAGCAGGAAACAGUGGGGAAGUUUGCAGAAAAGCCAGUGACCCUAUUCAUCUACCCGCCUGGUGUGACCUCAAGAUGUGGCUUGGAGUUGGCUUUCAAUGUCAACUUCACCUUCGCUCUCUUGCCCCACUCUGGUACCACCGGCCCCAGCGGCUUUGCAUUUGUGAUUGCCGCAACGGCCAAGGCAGGGAAACCUGGUGGUGUGGGGUAUAGCGGGGUGGGAGCUCGGAGCAUAGCCGUUACAUUUGAUAUUGAAGAGAGUCACCAGCACGUAGGGCUGAACAUGAAUGGUAGGAAGGAACCCGUGGUGUCAAAGGUAUCACCGGUUAUGUUCACCGACGGAGAUGCAUACACGGCAUGGGUGGAUUAUGAGCCUGGGGAUCCCGGCACCUUUCGAGUGUUCCUGGCGAGCUCACACGAGAAGCCAGAGGAGCCGCUGCUGCUGCAGAAGGGUGUGUCGCUGUGUGCGGUGCUUCAGCCGCGGGUGAAGCAGCAGCAGGCGGCGUUCUCGUUUGGGUUUACGGCGUCCACCACUGUGAAGCCCUUCCAGCUGCAUGGCAUCCUCUCCUCCUCUGUGCAAACAGGCAAGGCCUCUAUUUUGGGCAGGUGGGGUGAUGCUGACUGCGUUGAUGAUAGAUUCGGGGUGGUGGUGGUGAAUUGCGCCCCUUCAACCAUGGUCGUGCAGACCAAGGAGCAAGAGGCCACAUUCGCACCGACUCGAGCCAGUCCCUUCUCGCGCUAUGUGAGUGCGGACUUCAAGCUGUCGGCCACCAGAGCGGACUCGUGGAGCAUUCGUGAUUUCCACACGUGGGACUCCGUGCCCUUCCUCAACUGGCCUGUCAAGAACCAAAACGACUGCCAUGCGUGCUGGGCGUAUGCGGUGGUGGCAAGUGUGGAGGCGGCAUACGGCAUUGCAAAGCAGCAGAGCGCUCCCCGGCUAUCAGUGCCCUCUCUCUUCACCCUCAUGGGGCUCUCCGACUCCGACAGGUGCACUGCUGGCGGCUCCCCCACCCAGGCCUUUGAGACGCUCGUGGUUCUCGAUGCCACCAGUGGGCUCACAGGGGUCAGCGACUUGGCAACUAGGUACCCGGUGCAAGCGUUUGAGCGAGCGCAGUUCAAGGGGUAUGUGGGGCUCAUGCUGGCAGUGCAGCGGCAGCCAGUGGUGGUUCACAUCGAGGCAUCUCCAACCUUCAUGCUGUAUGAUGGGACGUUCAAGUAUCAAGAUCCUGGUUGCUACACGGGCAAUCUCAACCAUGUUGUACUCGUUAUUGGCUACUUCAUCACAAGAAACGAUGGCAGCCAGAACCGCAUUGCGCCUCCUUUUUGGAUCAUCCGCAACUCGUGGGGAGAGGAGUGGGGAAAGAGGGGUCACAUGCGCAUGGACAUUCAGGGAGGGGAUGGCGUGUGUGGCAUCAACGUGCUGCCUGGCAUCUACCCCAUUGUCAAGAGCGACCCCUGCGGCCAGAGCAGCUACAAGGGCGAUGGGGAUUGGCAGCCCAGCAUGAACCCGUGCGGUCGCUUCCAGUGCCAGGGGACGACAGACACCACCAACAACUGCUCCUGCAAUAUUCCGACCGCUCCUGUGCAGCCCUUUGUGGAGGUUGAGAAUGGAUACGGCUCCAACACAUGUGCUUAUGGUGAGUUUUCUGGCAAUUAA